UUGUCUAACCUGAAAAAAAUAAUUAAUAACAGGUACACUUGUUAAUGUGACAUAAAACUUGUCAUCUUGAGAAGAAAAAAAGACAAGAAAAUUAUUUUUGAUACUGCCAAUUAUUAUUACGAAGUUGGGCUACAGACGUCAGUGAAAUGUACGACUUUAAAAAGAUUGUGACUUUAAUUCGGACGUUUUUCUUUGUGUUUGUGGUCGGGUUUACAUUCCAUGUACUGGGGUUUGGUACCCCCUACUGGUCAGUGGAUAAAUAUUCUUCUAAAGGACUAUGGAACAAUUGUUACACAUUUAUAUGUCUCAGUAACUGUUCAGAUUUAGCUUGGUUUGAAGCAACACAAGCGCUGGAAACGUUGGGUCUAUUUGCUGCUUUCCUGGCCUUAGUAUUUUUGGUGCUGUUUAUAUUCCAUCCACAGUCCUCUUCUAACAAGGCCAUAUUUAUCAUUGGAAUGGUAUCUACGUUUGUCGCAGCUGGAUUUACAGUAUUAGGGAUUGUGAUUUAUGGCGCUAAAAAUCGGGACUUAUCCUGGUCGUAUGGAUUAACAGUUAUAGCAGGUGCCAUGUAUACCGGAAGUGGUAUUCUGAUGGUGUUACAUUUAAAUUUAAAUUUACAACAGACGUAGCAGGAGUCAUGUAUACCGGAAGUGGUAUUCUCAUAGUGUAACGUUUAAAUUUAAAUUUACAACAGACAAAGCAGGUUAUACCGAAAGUGGUAAACUCGUGGUAUAACAUUCUGAAUAUGAAUUUACAACAUACGAAGUAGAUGUCAUGUAUUCCACUUCUUCAUGUAUACCGGAAGUGGUUUACUCAUAGUGAUAUAUAUGAACUUACUUCGGAUGUAGCAGUUCUCAGAUACUCCGGAACUUACAACAGAAGGAUUUUUCUCUGACGGAAUAAUCAGUCUUCUAAUGCAAGCCUCGCUUAUUUUGUUUAUGCAUGGUACCUAGCGAAGAUUUAUUUUCUAUUUUGUGCACAUGUAUUUCAUGUAAAUACAUGUAUUUAGUGUUUCAUCUUGUCCUGUUCAUGAAUAUUCUGCAACACAAAAGAAAGGAAAUAAAUACGAUAUGUUACAAAAUCAGUACGCUCACAUGUUAACACCAAACCCUAAGGAAUUGGCGUUUUUCAUCCAGAAUUAACAGUACGACCCUUUGAAUUGAGCAAACGUUCCCAAAUCACUGCAAACCCAUUACGUCACAUACAACCGUUUUACAAUCCUUUCGUCAAUGUGUGCAGGUAUCUUCUAAAUCUUCAAGACAUUUAUAUCAUUUCGAUCCGUGUCUUGUUAGUUAUUUGCAAAAUGUCAGAUCGAGUUGAGAUUAGUUCCAAUUUAGUCAUGUAAGUUGUUUUUGUGAAAGUUGUGGCCGUUACUUCUGAAUUUUUCUUUCUUGAAUGUCUUGAUGAAUUAAUUACAUAUUUUAAGUAUAUAUUUGUUGUUUGGGGUUUAGCGUUUUUUUCUCUCGGAAUAAGUCAUUUUUAAAGUGGUCCUUUGAAAUCCAAAGAACUCAAACAUAUAAGUUUCUCCUCCGUUUCCUUGAUCUGCCAUGCCCGAAACAAUUGAUACUUGAUUAAUCAUGUCUUUGUUUUCAUAAGAAGUAAAAGAUGGAGUACCAGAAUAAUAUACUUGCAUGUGUAAAAUUCAAAUUCAUCUAAUUUAACCUUACAGUGGGUAAGGGAUACUGUAUUAAAUAUUUAAUACCCAGGAUUCCAUAACAGCGCAUAGCUAUUUGAAACGAGAGGGGUGGUAAUGUGAUGCUGAUGUCGCAUGCAAACCCCACUUCUUUUGUAUGUUUAGUAUAUGACUACAUUGUUUUUGUGCCAACUCAUUGUUUUUGUGAUACACUGCUUAUUGUUUAGUAACUAUUUGUUAUUUCUUUAUAAUUUCAUAUUAAAAUUUAAUUCAAAUAC